AUGCAGAUUCUUGAAAGGAAGGAACCAUGGGAUGAGCCCAAGGACUUCCCUGAUGUUCUGCCCAGGUCAGCAGUGAACAUCCAUGACACAGAAGGCUGGUCCUUUGAUAAGAGCAGUGAAACGGAUAAACCUGCAGCUGUACUGAUGGGGAUCAAAGCACAGAUGACAGACUACCCAGGCUCACCUUGGAAAGUGGUGUUGGCUUUCCCCGUCCGGAGGUUUUCCUUGUCUCCCCGCUUCUCCCAGGGCACCUUCUCUCUGAUCAUCGAAGCUCUGCACACAGAUUCUCCCGACGACCUCGCCACAGAAAACCCCGAGCGGCUCAUCAGCCGGCUGGCCACACAGAGGCACCUGACGGUGGGUGAGGAGUGGUCCCAGGACCUGCACAGCAGCGGCCGUGCUGACCUCAAGUACUCCUAUCGCUUCGUGUGCGACGAGCACUACUACGGGGAGGGCUGCUCAGUCUUCUGCCGCCCCCGGGAUGAUGCCUUCGGCCACUUCACCUGUGGGGAGCGGGGCGAGAAGGUGUGCAACCCUGGCUGGAGGGGCCAGUACUGCACCGAAGCAAUCUGCCUGCCUGGAUGCGAUGAGCAGCACGGGUUUUGUGACAAGCCAGGGGAAUGCAAGUGCCGAGUGGGCUGGCAGGGCCGCUACUGUGACCAGUGCAUUCGGUACCCAGGCUGUCUCCAUGGCACCUGCCAGCAGCCCUGGCAGUGCACCUGCCAGGAGGGCUGGGGGGGACUCUUCUGCAACCAGGACCUCAACUACUGCACACACCACAAGCCCUGCAGGAACGGGGCCACCUGCACCAACACGGGCCAGGGGAGCUACACCUGCUCCUGCCGGCCUGGGUACACCGGGGCCACCUGCGAGGACGAGGUGGACGAGUGCGGGCCCAGCCCCUGCAGGAAUGGGGGCAGCUGCACGGAUCUCGAGAACGGCUUCUCCUGCACCUGUGCACCCGGCUUCUACGGCAGCGUCUGCGAGCUGAGCGCCAUGGCCUGUGCGGACGGGCCUUGCUUCAAUGGGGGGCGCUGCUCCGACAACCCCGAGGGAGGCUACACCUGCCACUGCCCCGCAGGCUUUUCCGGCUUCAACUGCGAGAAGAAGGUGGACGCCUGCAGUUCCUCGCCCUGUGCCAAUGGUGCGCAGUGUGUGGACCUGGGCGACGCCUACAUGUGCCGCUGCCGGGCCGGUUUCUCGGGGCGGCACUGCCAGGACAACGUGGACGACUGUGCCUCCUCCCCGUGUGCCCACGGCGGCACCUGCCGGGACGGUGUGAACGAGUUCUCUUGCACCUGCCCGCCCGGCUACAGCGGCAGGAACUGCAGGGUGGGGCUGAGGCUGCAGAAGGGCCCGCCCCUGGCCGACCCCUGCCACGGGGAGACGGAGACCAUGAACAAUCUGGCCAGCUGCCAGCGGGAGAAGGACGUGUCCGUCAGCAUCAUCGGGGCCACGCAGAUCAAGAACACCAACAAGAAGGUGGACUUCCACGGGGACCACGGCAGCGGCAAGAAUGGCCCCAAGGCCCGCUACCCCGGCGUGGACUAUAACCUGGUGCCCGAGCCCAAGGGCGAGGAUGCCGCCUCCAGGGACCCCCACAGCAAGCGUGAUGCCAAGUGCCAGCUGCAGGGCUCUCCUGGGGAGGAGAAGAGCACCCCGACACUCAGGGGUAGGGAUGCAUCUGAAAGGAAAAGGCGGGACUCUGUGUACUCUACUUCAAAAGACUCCAAGUACCAGUCGGUGUUCGUCAUAUCGGAGAAGGACGAGUGUGUCAUAGCCACUGAGAAUUCCAAGGAUCUAUGCCCCAACGGAUGCUGCUGAGAGGGAAAAGGAGGCCUUCGCGACGGCUGUGGGACGAGGCCCCAGAGGUCAGCCAGCGGGGGGCUGCAGGCUCGGGCUGCUCCAGGACGCCUGUUGCACUCUGCUUUUCGCGACGUCUCCAUUGCACUAUGGACAGUUGCUUCUAAGAAAUAUAUAUUUAAAUGAGUGGAUUAAUGACGACAUGAGACGCAUGCACUGCCCGGAGUGUAUAUUUUGGAUUCUUAUGAGCCAGUCUUUCUUGAAUUAGAACCACAAACACUGCCUUUAUCGUCCUUUUUGAUACUAAAAUGUGUUGUUUUUUUUCUAGGUGGGAAAAGAUGUGUGUUAUUUUUUGGACUUGUAAAAAUAUUUUUCAUGAUAUCUGUAAAGCUUGAGUAUUUUGUGAUGUUCAUUUUUUUAUAAUUUAAAUUUUUGGUAAAUAUGUACAAAGGCACUUCGGGUCUAUGUGACUAUAUUUUUUGUAUAUAAAUGUAUUUAUGGAAUAUUGUGCAAAUGUUAUUUGAGUUUUUUACUGUUUUGUUAAUGAAGAAAUUCCUUUUUAAAAUAUUUUUCCAAAAUAAAUAUUAUGAAUGGCG